GUGUGUUGCGAGCGUCCUUCGGCAUUCACAUCACGCGCGCCUCCUCCAGCCUUUCUCAGAUUCAUUCCAUAAGAAGAGUCACACACCAUAGAGCAUCACACACACCAUAGAGCAAUAUACACACACAGAGACACCAAAGAGGCUAGCAUUGACCUGUAGGCUUUCUCAUUCUUGGGCUUUGCAAACGGAGGGCAAGAUGGCAAGCAACUUCUACCGAAUCCUGUCGUCCAAACGCAAUGUUGGCAUCCUGUCCUUGGUCGGUGCUGGAUCUAUAACCGGGGCCGUUUUGCUCCGCCGGGAACAUGUCACCGCCAGUGCGCACGUACGAAGAACGUACCCAGCCAGUGCCGAGUACCCGGACCUCCGCCAGCACAACAAUUGCAUGGCCAGUCACCUGACGCCGGCCAUCUACGCCAAGCUGUGUGAUAAGUCCACUCCCAACGGCUACACCCUGGACCAGGCCAUCCAGACCGGGGUGGACAACCCAGGCCACCCCUUCAUCAAGACCGUGGGCAUGGUGGCCGGAGACGAGGAGACCUAUGAGGUAUUUGCUGACCUGUUGGAUCCCAUCAUCAGAGAGAGGCACAAUGGCUACGACUGUCGUACAAUGACCCACCCGACCGACCUGGACUCAAGCAAGCUCCAUUCGGGCCGGUUUGACGAGCGCUACGUGCUGUCGUCCCGCGUGCGGACGGGCCGCAGCAUCCGGGGGCUGAGCCUGCCCCCCGCCUGCACCCGGGCCGAGCGGCGGGAGGUGGAGCGGGUGACGGUAGACGCCCUGGCCGGCCUCAGCGGGGACCUGGCCGGGAAGUACUACAGCCUCACCCAGAUGACGGACGCGGAGCAGCAGCAGCUCAUCGACGAUCACUUCCUGUUUGACAAGCCCGUGUCCCCCCUGCUGACCUGCGCGGGAAUGGCGCGCGAUUGGCCAGAUGCCCGUGGGAUCUGGCACAACAACGAGAAGACGUUCCUGGUGUGGAUCAAUGAGGAGGAUCACACUAGGGUCAUCUCCAUGGAGAAGGGAGGGAACAUGAAGAGGGUGUUUGAUAGAUUCUGCAGGGGCCUCAAAGAGGUGGAGAGGAUGAUCCAGGAGAAGGGCUGGGAGUUCAUGUGGAACGAGAAGCUGGGCUACAUCCUCACCUGCCCCUCCAACCUGGGCACCGGGCUCCGCGCUGGGGUCCACGUCAACCUACCACGGCUCAGCAAGGAUCCUCGCUUUAGCAAAAUCCUGGACAACCUGCGUCUGCAGAAGCGUGGGACAGGAGGAGUGGACACCGCUGCAGUGGGGAGCACCUUCGACAUCUCCAACCUGGACAGACUGGGACAGUCUGAGGUCCAGCUGGUGCAGACAGUAGUUGAUGGGGUCAACUACUUAAUCGAGUGUGAGAAGAAACUGGAGAAGGGCCAAGAUAUCAAAGUGCCUGCACCACCCAAAGGGAACUAGACCCCCCCCCCCUCCUUCUCCCCUUCCCCAAACAACCCCUCCCCAUAACCCCCCCCCCCUUCCCCAAACAACCCCUCCCCAUAACCCCCCCCCCCUUCCCCAAACAACCCCUCCCCAUAACCCCCCUGGGCCGGACACAUACAUGCACAGAUGCUCCCGGUUUGCGCCCAUAGAUAUUCCACCAUGCCUGCAGCAGUCAUGGUGUCUACCUAUAUUCCUGGCUGAUAUCUGCAUUGUACACCCCUCUGUAAUAUAAUCUAGAUUAUGUUAUAUCUAAAUAUAUAUACAGUCUAUCAUUAUAUAUAUAGUGUAUUAUUAAUAUACAGCCAUGCUUCCAACGGAGCGCACCAGACUACUUUUGUCUUGGCAACCAUUCAUACAUUCAGAAUCAGCUUUGUGUGCCCCCCCCAGUUGCCUAUAAUCUCUCCUCAAGCAUGAUCUAUACUUUGUGUGUUAUUCAAUGCCCGGUAUUAACUGGACAUUCUUAACUUAAAUCUGAAGACAUCUAUAACAUUGUGAUUGUAUAGUUAAAGCUGCUGUAGGUACGAUUUGACCGUUCUUUAAAGAGAGAGGGCAGGGUACAAUGACAAUUAGGGCAUUUAGCAGACGCUUUUAUCCAAAGCGACUUACAUCGGUUAAUACACACAUUGACACACCGACGGCAGAGUCAACCAUGCAAGGCGACAGCCAGCUCGUCAGGAAUGUGUUGUGUUGCAGACAUGCUUGCAGUUCACUGGCAAGAUGGAUUCCAUCUCGCAGGGAAGAGAGGCAGGCAUGGAGCCAACCAGAACAGAUAUUCUCACAAUGCACUUAACUCAGUGACAGCUGACAGAUGGCGAUGGCAUUUCUUACAAAUUACACUCAAAUUAGAGCUCUUGAAUCUUACCUAUAGCACCUUUAAACCAUUUGUUCGCUGAUCUCCAUUGUGUGGAGUGUGUGUGUGUGUGUUUUUUGUUACCAUCCUAGGUCGAUCUGGACUGAGCGACCACUAAGACUCAGGGUCAACCGGGAGGUUUAGCAAUGCUCUAACAACAACAAUAACAACAUUAACAUUGACAACAACAACAACAACAACAACUGGGUCUUAAAAAGUAGUCAUUUUAAAACAAAUGAAGUCAAGCUUACUGGGUUGGACUCACUAUAUGCUAAGGAAGCAAUAUCAUUUCACCUCAACCAUUGAAUGUCUUAAUGUAGCCUGUUUUAUUAAAGAAACCAUCUAUUUAGCAGUA